AGUAUUUACUUUUUUGUCAAAAAAAAAAAAUUUCACUUCAUCGAUUCGAAUUUGUCAAUUUAUGAAUUUUCUUAUUUAUGAGUUAUUAUUUAAAAGUACAUGUGUUUAAUUAAAGUUUUAUUUGUUAAAAAUUGUUACCAAAACAAUAUCCUCCAAUACCCACUGGUUAAAUGGUGACAAACAUCAUCAUAAACCCAUCAAUUUCACUUUAUAAAUUUUAUAAAACCCAGAUAAGAAAUAAAAAAUGAAUAACAAAUGUCAGCACAUUAAAAACUUCAACACCUCAAUAAAUGAAAUAAAAAAACUUGAAAAAGUAGCAUCAUGUGCUGUUUGUAAAAAUACUGGCCCCAAUCUUUGGAUAUGUCUUCAGAGGAACUGCUUGCUGGCGGGAUGUUCGGAACAGAUCAAAGAUCACAGCACUGCUCAUUUCAAAGCAAAUAACUCGCACAGUGUUCAUAUGAAUUUGUCUUCUCAGCGCAUCUGGUGUUAUUUGUGCGAAAAAGAAGUAUUUAUUGCUAAUGAAAAGGCAGCACUCCUCAAUAGUACAUUGAAUUUUGGUGAUUGUGAUUUAGAUAAUAGCAAUGGUGCACUGGGAGUUAGUGACAAUGAGGAGUAUGAAAAUGAUAAAGUGCGAGGUUUAGUUGGCCUUCAGAAUAUUGCAAAUACAUGCUACAUGAAUUCAGCGUUGCAGGCCUUGAGCAAUAUUCAACCGCUAACUUAUUAUUUUUUGGAUUGCGGAGAUAUUAUCGAGCAUUAUGUGGAAACUGCUGUUAAUAAGAAUAAAGCUGGCUUGGCUAAGAGCUAUUAUAGAUUGAUCAAAGAUAUUUGGUGCAAUGGAAACGACAGUAAAGAUUUUAUAGCUCCUCGUGGCAUUUUAUAUGGAAUAAGAAGUGUUCAUUCAAUGUUUAGGGGGUUUCAGCAGCACGAUACACAAGAAUUUUUAAGAUGCUUCAUGGAUCAACUACAUGAAGAACUUAAGGAAACCGAUCCAAUCCCACUAAAAACUAAUUUAAAAAGUCAAGAAAUUUACCAAAAAGAUGACGAAAUGUCUAAUUACUCAUCAAGUUCGGCUUCUCAAUCAGAAGGAGAAUAUGAGACGUGCGAUAGUGGAGUUUCAGAACAAUCUAGUCUCUUUGAAGACUCCUUUACACAGAAUAAGCAUUAUUCAAGUUUGUCAUUUAUUUACAAUUCGUCAUUAAGUUCAAGAGUAUCAACUCCAUACGGAUAUCGCACAAACAUAAGUGCAAAUAAUUACAAUCCAAAUAACGAUAUUGUUGUUUCUGUUGCCCAACGAUCAAUUAUAAGUGAUGUGUUUGAUGGAAAGCUUUUAUCGUCCGUACAGUGUUUAACCUGUGAUAGAAUAUCUACCAGAGAAGAAACAUUUCAAGAUCUUUCUCUUCCCAUUCCCCAUAGAGACUAUGUUAAUGUUUUGCAUCAUGCGCAAAAUACUCACAACAAUAUACGAUCGCAUUCAGGAGCCAUGUGCAAUGAACAGCUAAAAUCAGACGGUUGGUUUUGUUGGGUUUGGAAUGUAGUAAGAUCGUGGCUUUGGGGACCUUCGGUUACCCUUCAUGAUUGUAUGGCAUCCUUUUUUAGUGCUGAUGAACUUAAAGGUGACAACAUGUACAGCUGUUCGAAAUGCAACAAGCUACGGACUGGUGUUAAAUAUUCUCGUGUCCUUGAUUUACCUGAAGCGCUGUGUGUUCACUUAAAGAGGUUCCGUCAUGACUUGUCAUACAGCUCAAAGAUUUCAUCGUACAUACACUUUCCGCUGGUUGGAUUCGAUAUGAGGCCAUAUCUUCACAAAGAUUGCAAAUCCAAUGUAUCUCUUUACAACUUAGUAUCUGUUAUUUGUCAUCAUGGCACUGUUGGUGGUGGGCAUUACACUUGUUUUGCGAAAAAUGAUCUAACAGGAAAUUGGUAUGAAUUCGAUGAUCAACACGUAACAGAGGUGUCAGCUGAUGUCGUUCAAAAUUGCCAAGCAUAUGUGCUUUUUUACCAAAAACACAACCCACAAAUGGAUGAAAUAAGAACACAAGCAAGAGAAUUUUCCAAAAUGAAUCCACAAUUUUCGGAUAUACGAUUUUUUGUUUCCAGAGAAUGGAUAAAUCGUUUUAAUACUUUUGCUGAACCAGGUCCCAUCAAUAACUGGGCCAUUCUUUGUCCGCACGGGGGUGUUCCACCACACAAGGCGACUCUAAUAAAUAAAAUAGCAGUCCCAUUGUCUCAACCACUUUGGGAUUUUCUUUAUAAAAAAUUUGGUGGUGGUCCUGUUGUUAAUCGGCUUUUUGAAUGUGAUAUUUGUAAAAGAACAGCAGAAAAUCUUCAGCGUAGACAAACACAAGAGCUAGGUGCAUUUACCAAAUUCCACGAUGACUUCCAAAAUGAAGACGAUUCUACAACAAUCUAUGCAAUUUCAAUGGCAUGGUUUAGAAAGUGGCAACUUUUUGCUCGUGGUAUAACAACCAAAGAUCCUGGUCCAAUCAAUAAUUCGGCAAUAACAUCAAAAACCGAAGCAACUGUAAAUAAUGUUUUACCUGGAUCAGAUUAUGCUCAAUUAAAUACUAGCCUUUGGAAAUUUUUUUAUAAUAUUUAUGGUGGAGGACCGGAAAUAGUGCUACGUGGAUCACUUAAGGAAGAGACUUCAGAUGACGAAAACAUUAUUCCGGAAAAUAAUAUGAUAAGAAUGAGUUCAGUGGAAGACUCAUUGCCAGAAACUUCUGAUGUUAAAGAUAACAUGUUAGGAAAGCCAAAAAAUGUCACUUUCCAAUCGGGGAACACAGUUUAUGACAACGAGAAGGCUAAUAUGUAUUCCAGAACAAUAAGCAUAGAUAUUUCUGAAAAACAUUUGAAACAAUCUUUAGCAAAGAAGAAACCAAAGGUUAUAUCAGUCAACCACAGUCUUAAGCGAAAAACAAAGAGGAAUCGCAAUGGCUUAAAAUCUUCCGGUUUUUUUGGACUCAAAGGCACUUACAACGCUAAUGAAGGCAGUGAAAAUACAAGGGAUUACAACGAGGAUUCCGGCAUUAAGCAACAUUCCAAUGAACCAGAUUUUAUGAAUACAUUUCAGAAUAUUUCGCCAUUCCAAUAUGUUUUGCCAUGCAGCGAAGAUAAACCAAUACAACAACAAACGGGAAAUAAUGUUUUUUUCAAACAUGAUGCUUUGGUACCGACUAACGGAGUUAAAACUACUUCUGAAAAUCAUUCAUCUUCAAGGGAUUAUGAAUUUAAAACCUCAAAGAAGCUACAUAAAAAGCAAAAGCGUAAUAAAGGUAAAUCCAAUGCAGUUCAUAAUCAUUCUAAAGAAGAAAGCGGAACCAGCGAAAAUGAAAUUUGAAAAACACUCACUAUAAUUGUUAAUAUGUGUAAUGAUGUAAAAAAAAAUAUGUUAUUAAAUUUAAAAUUAGUUUAUUAAUUUUAAAACCGGUUUUAAAGUGUGCAUGAGGGAAAAUAAAAGAAUAAUGCAUUUUGAA